UUUGUUUCAAAAUAAGCAAAUUGUGAUUAAAUUGGGAGGAAAUUAAUAGCUUUGGUGACACAAUAGUUCUUAUUUUCUCCAGAACUUAAUUUUAGAAACAGCCAAAAUACUACUUUACAUAUAAAUAGAAAUUCAAAGGUAGCCCAAUGUGGCAUCACGGUGUGGCUAAAUGCUACAGAGUGUGUUAUCUUCAGGGAAAUAAAUAGUUUUGUUUCAAGAAGAUAAACAUGUUUCUUAGAAGAAUCGAAUGGCUCUCUUUAAUUGGUUCGUACCACAAUGUGCACAGCAGAACCCCCCCACUGACCAAGAGGACUUGUUUUCUCCCUGAGUUUUUUCCGAGAUAAACGCAGACAGGCUGGGACCGUCAGAGGAAAUUCACCAGAAGAUUCACUUAUGAGUCACAAAUGAUCUCUAGAACACUAAGUCUGUAAGCAGACUAAACGGAUCAAGCCAAACGUUGGAUUUGAACCACAUUUUAGCCUUUUAUUUCCAUAAAAAUGACAAAACCAGCCACAGUUUCAGGAAGUUGACGCGAUUCCAAACAAAUGACCUCACGCUAAAAGGCAGCCCGCCCCCCCGUUGGUGGAUGAUGGAACACAAUCAGAUAUGGACUCUUAUCAAUGAGCCUGGAGUCUGUGAAGUCACAUGAUUUUUCCGUGAGAGUGAGAUUUGAUGCUACACGUGGAAAUGUUAAGGCGAGGACUGCUAACCUGGGCGUCCCGUGUUGGGGGGUUGCUGGUGCUCCUCUGCUGCUCCCUGUCACUUCUGUACGUCAUGACGUGCAGCCCUCCACACUCCGACAACCCCCCGCUGACUCACGUGUUACCCCACGCCGGAUCCAACCACGCCAAGUUAGGCCCGAUCAUCGGAGCUGGGACCGGGGAGACGGGGGGAGCCCGGGCGGCGGCCCAAAGCCCGCCUGGAGCCCACUCUUACCAGGUCCUCCUGCAGGAGCGAGAUGAGCAACACCGCCUCUACAUCUCCUCCCUGAAGAAGCAGAUAGCCCAGCUGAAGGAGGAUUUGCAAGAACGCAGCGAGCAGCUGAAAAAAGUACAGGACAGCCUCAAAAGAGACGGUCCAGCAGGGAGGAAGGAGUCCGAAUCCCAGGGUGGGGGCCACGGAGACGUUCAGGGACUUAAGAGCCAGCAGUCGGACCUCCAGGAGUUUUUGAGGAGCCAACUGUCAAAGGCUGAAGUCCUUUCGGGCACCAGACUGCCCAGUGAAUACGCGGUGGUGCCUUUCGAGAGCUUCACCCUGCAGAAGAUGUACCAGCUGGAGAUGGGGCUCACCCGUCACCCCGAGGAGAAACCUGUGCGGAAGGACAAAAGGGAUGACCUGGGGGAGGUGCUGGAGGUGGCUCUGCGCAGCCUCAACACCCCCCCAUCUCCACAGGACGGCAGGGAUGCUGCAGAAAACCGCAAAACAAGCAAAAUCUACACACCAUCAGACUUCAUAGAAGGUAUCACUCGUACAGAGAAGGACAAAGGCACGCUGUACGAGCUGACCUUCAGAGGGGAGUCGACCAGUGAAUUCAAGCGUCUGACCCUCUUCCGACCUUUCGGACCCCUGAUAAAGGUCAAAAACGAGAGGGUGGACACGGCCAACGUCCUCAUCAACAUCAUCGUCCCGCUCUCCAGACGCACCGACAAGUUCAAGCAGUUCAUGCACAACUUCAGGGAAGUCUGUGUGCGUCAGGAUGGCCGGGUCCAUUUGACUGUGGUGUAUUUUGGGAAGGAGCAGAUGAGUGAAGUCCGUAGCACUUUGGAGAACACGUCCAGGGAAGUCAAUUUUAAAAACUACACUCUGCUGCAGCUGGAUGAAGAGUUCUCCAGGGGCCGCGGUUUGGACGUCGGGGCCCGAGCUUGGAAGGCGGGCAACGUGCUGCUCUUCUUCUGCGAUGUAGACAUCUACUUCAACGCCGAUUUCCUCAACACUUGCAGAAUCAACACACAGCCGGGCAAAAAGGUGUUCUACCCAGUCUUGUUCAGCCAGUACAACCCGUCUCUGAUCUACGGAGGUCCAGAGCACAUCCCGCCUGUGGAGCAACAGCUGGUGAUCAAGAAGGACACCGGGUUCUGGAGGGACUUUGGGUUCGGCAUGACUUGCCAGUAUCGAUCCGACUUCAUCAACAUAGGAGGUUUCGACAUUGACAUCAAAGGCUGGGGUGGCGAAGACGUCCACCUGUACAGGAAGUACCUGCACAGCAACCUUCUGGUGGUGCGAGCCCCAUCGCGGGGCUUGUUCCACCUCUGGCAUGAGAAGCACUGUGCUGAUGAGCUCCCGCCGGACCAGUACCGCAUGUGCAUGCAGUCCAAAGCCAUGAACGAGGCCUCGCACGGCCAGCUGGGGAUGCUCUUCUUCAGACAAGAGAUCGAAACUCAUCUCCGCAAGCAGAAGCAGCAGCCGAACCCCAAAAAGACCUAAAAACUGGACAAAGACUGAGCUUUAAGGACUGCAGUUUUUGCAUCUGCAGCUGGAAAUCUGCAGAUUUUGAAUUCAUCUAUUUGAAGUCGAACUCACCAGAUGGAUCUGUAAUGAACUAACUUAAGGCCUUUUUUGAUAAUGAUUUGUUGGCUAAUAUUCAGCUAUAAUAUUUCAUAAAUGGUGUGCCUUAUGUGAUAACGUGUUCCGACAGAACCUGAACUCUUUUUUUUAGGUCGACAGAGCCCCCUGGUGGACUGUAGGUGAACAGCAUGUGAAUGAACGAUCAUUGCAGCAUCGCUGUUUAUUUAUCACAUUAUUUCUAAGUCUGCAACCUUUUAUUCUUUAUUUAUUUUUUAGUUUGUUUUGACAAAAGUCCGGACUGAACUAUCAGCAUUUUCACUUUCUGUGAAAACUAUUGAGUGAGCAGAGAGUCGGAUGAAAAUGAAAUUGUUUCAUGAUAUUUGAAAGUAAAAUUGUUUUAUCUUUUUUUGUUUUAACCCCUUGACACCUUUUGAUAUAAUUAUGCAACAAACCACUUCAGCUCUAAAAUUACUUUAAUUUAGCAUCUAUAUUACAGCAAAAACAGAAGUGAUUUUUUAGCUGGAUCUACAUUCAGGCGUCAAGGGGUUAAAGCUGUGUUAUGUCUAAUUUUAGAACAAAAGCAUAAACGGGCAAAAAUACUUUUAUGUUUUUGGCACUUUUUUUUGUUAUGGAGUCGUAUGAAAAAAAUGUUUGACAUUAUUGACGAUGACUUAAGUCAGAACUAGACCUUAAAGGUUUAUUUUUUUAAUGUGUGACUUGGCAAAAAUAUAUGCUAAAAUGUCUUCUGUGCAAUAAAAAUGAAUAUUUUCUAUUAAUAAGUGAGCUGUCAAUUUAAGAUGCUACUUUGUCUAUUUUAUUGUUGAAUUCCUUUUCGGUUCUAAAGUUUAAAAUCAAUCUGUUUUUAUUGAAUGACAAAAUCUGAAACAUUUGUUUAGGUCGAGUCUUUAAUUUUUGCCUUAAAUGCAAAAAAGCAUUUCUUUUAAUUUGUCAAAUUGUUGUUUUUACUUUAUGUAAAUGAGAUAAAUAAACAUGUUUGUGCAUUGUAAAUACUUUCUUAAAAGUAACAGGAAGCAUCCAACCAAAAGGUAAGACUAACAUAAGGCUAAUGCUAAACUGUAUUUUUUAUUAUUUAAAAUCUACUGUUCUCUCAGUGAUGGAUGAAAUAUGUUCAGAUUUAAGUGACACAAUUGAAUUAAACAGAUACCCAAUAGAUUAAUUGCUUACUCUAAUCAGUUACUCUGUUGAGGCCCUGCAACAGACUGGCGACCUGUCCAGGGUGUACCCCGUCUUCGCCCAGAAGUGGUCGGGUUAGACUCCAUCAGCCCCGCGACCCCGAAACGGACAAAGCGGUUUAGAAAAUGGAUGGAUGGAACAUAAAGAUGUGUACAUGCUUCAGACAGUUCAUUAAUAUACAUUAUAAAUAAAAGUGGUCUUAAUACUGAGCCCUGCGUC